AUGAAGACUACUACUUCCGUCACUCUUCUGGCCCUCGCUGCCUCUGUUGCAGCCCUUCCCACCUCUGCUGGUCUCUGGCCCCGCGGCUGCACCCCCGGCAGACUUGUCUGCAACGGCAACGACAAGUUUGGCAUUUGCGAUCUCGAUACCAAGGCUGUCUGGAUGAGCGUUGCUCUUGGCACUGAGUGUCUCUGCAACGGCUCCGACUGUGUCAUUGCUGCUUCUGGAAGCCCUCUUCCUUCUGGUGCUCCUGUUGAGCAGCCUACCGCCCCCGUUGCUUCUGAGGCUCCCGCUGCUUCUUCCCCUGCUGCCACUGAGCCUGCUCCCGAGCCUACCGUCGCUGCUCCCACUCCUUCGGUUGCUGCUCCCGCCUCGUCUGCUCCCGCUCAGCAGGCUCCUCCUGCUCAGGCCUCUUCUCCCGCUGCCACUCAGCCUACCUCCAGCCCCAGCAACGAUGGCUCAAAGCUCUCCAACCCUCCCCAGGCUGGCAACGGCGAUGCCAGCAACACUGGCUACCGCAAGACCUUCCUAGGCAAUGGCGAUAUCUCCCAGGGCUGGCCCGCUGAGAACACCUGGGUCAACUUUGACGACAUGUGGUCUGAGAACUUGAAGAACGUCAUCUCCAAGUCUUGCACUGGUUUCGGCCAGGCCGACAACACCCCCGACGAGAGUGCUGCCAUGAAGGCUGCCAUCACCAAGGUUUCCGGCGAGACUGGUGUCGAUGCCCGCUACAUUCUUGCCAUUGUCAUGCAGGAGUCCAACGGCUGCGUCCGCGCUCCCACCACCAACUACGGUGUCCGCAACCCUGGUCUCAUGCAGUCUCACGACGGCCCCAACUCCUGCUUCGGCACUAGCCCUUGCCCCUCCAGCACCAUUGAGGGCAUGAUCCGCGACGGUACCAACGGCACUCCUUCUGGCGACGGUCUCAAGCAGCUCCUUGCCAAGGCCGGCGGCAACGAUGUCAGCUCCUUCUACAAGGCCGCUCGCAUGUACAACUCCGGCUCCAUUGCGGCUAGUGGCCUGCUACAGGACGGAAUUGCUACUCACUGCUACGCCUCUGACAUUGCCAACCGUCUUCUCGGCUGGUCUGCUGGUGUUGGUGGCUGCCACAUCGGCUAA